AUGUAUAGAAUAAACACAAUACUACAUGGAAAGUGUUUUGUACGGUAUCUAUGCACUCGUUUUUGUAUCACAAAUGUCACUCGUUCGCUACGCUCACUCGUUCUAUUUCUGAUACGUCAACAACUCGUGCGUAAACAUCGUACGCCCGCACUUCCGUCCCAUGGAGUAUUCUACAAAAUCCUAGGCACAAAGAAAAUUACAACCACACGUUUGCAAAGCAAAGCCGCAUCAAGGGAGGCAAGACCACGGCCGUCCCCCUCCUGAUGCGGCCCGCCCAAACCGCCAGACAACAAAGAGGAGGAAUAAAGUGAAAAUAUCACGGAAGGAAUUUCGGAGACAGUGAAACAAUGUUCUGCGAGAUGAGCCACGGAGAUGUGACGCUCCAAAGGUUGUGCGAUGUAGAGAUGGACUGCAUCGGAAGACCAGUCCCCUUGUAGACUGAUAAGGUCAACAAAACAAAGGCGAGUUAUCAGGUCUAAGGCGAGCUAACAGUGAUGCAGUCGAUAAUGAAGCCAGUGCACAUGAUAAGAGGCACAGUCAAUGGAUAACUAAUGCAUGCCACGUAUUAUAUUGCCAUUGGACCGUAUUCAAUACCUCACAUAAAGUUAUCAUCAUGCAAUGCGCCUUUGUCCUAAUCAAGAGAGGAUUAAGGGCCUGUGAAGAGCAACGGCACAGAACUGGAAUUAAACGAUCACACCCAUCGAACAUCGCACCAAAGCGGCCGAGAGGGAUUGGUACUUACACUAAAUCCCAAUCAACACUUUUCAAUAUUUACUUCCGUCUUACUGGGUUCCAGUUCUCAUUCCUACUCAUUUACUUCCGCAGUGAUCCGAAUACCUGUUCCCACUGAUAACCAUUUGUAAGACCGACACGGCGCAGCCUCGCUCCGUUAAGGUAUUUGCACCGAAAUCACCGUUCUCAUGUGACAACAGAAGCCCUACCCGGUAUCAGAGAAGAGCUGAUGUAGUCGGUUAA